CAAGCCCUUUCUGCUCCGACUGCCACGUAACAGCUAAAACUACGCAAGCGGUCGCGGCCGUGUUGAACUUCCUGCCCGGCUCGGUUCACUCAACCCUGGGGACGGGGAUCAGAUUCAAGCCGCUCACACGGAUACGGGGGAGUCAUGGGGGGAACACAGAGCGUAGAGAUUCCUGGAGGAGGCUCGGAAGGCUACCAUGUCCUUCGGGUUCAGGAGAACUCCCCUGGACACCGGGCGGGACUCGAACCCUUCUUCGACUUCAUCGUGUCCAUCAAUAACACCAGACUGAACAAGGACAACGAUACGCUGAAGGAUCUGCUGAAGGCCAACGUGGAGAAGCCGGUGAAGAUGCUGGUGUACAGCAGUAAGACGCUGGAGCUGCGCGAGGCCACGGUCACUCCCAGUAACAUGUGGGGCGGUCAGGGGCUCCUGGGGGUCAGCAUCCGCUUCUGCAGCUUCGAGGGAGCCAACGAGAACGUGUGGCACGUCCUGGAAAUAGAGCCGAACUCUCCGGCUGCUAUAGCAGGACUGAGGCCACAUGCCGAUUACAUCAUCGGGGCAGACACGGUCAUGAACGAGUCUGAGGACUUGUUCUCGUUGAUAGAGACCCAUGAGGGUAAAGGACUGAAGCUGUACGUUUAUAACACAGACACGGACAGCUGCAGAGAAGUCGUCAUAACCCCCAACAGCGCCUGGGGCGGAGAGGGCAGUCUGGGCUGUGGUAUUGGAUACGGUUACCUGCACAGGAUUCCCACUCGACCGUUCGAGGAGGGGAAGAAGAUCAGCUUCCCCACACACCCUCCCAGUGCGCCGGCGAGCCCGCUGAAGGACGGCUUCACUGAGGUUCAGCUCUCUGCGGUAACCCCGCCUCCUGUUACACUGCCUGCCCCCACUGGACUUGAGGAUAGCCUGUCUGGGCUGUCAAUCAGUUCAGCUCCUCCCACUGUGCCCAGUGAGCUUCAGACAGGUGUGCCCACAGUCCCUCUGCUGCCCACUCAGGUCACACCAGCCGUGGGCACUCUGCCCUCAGUCAACCCUGCCACUACGCUACCAGGGUUAAUGCCGUUACCUGCUGGCCUUCCCCCGCUGCCCAGCCUGCCGAACCUCCCCAACCUGAACCUCCCCCUCCCAGACCUCAGCGGAGUCUCGUUAAUGGGAAUCCCCGGCCUUCCUGCUUCCACCACAGGUUUGCCGUCUCUGCCUCCUCUCGCCACCCUCCCUCCUCUCAACCUGCCCGGCAUGACCCCGAUUCCCGGCAUGCCUGGCGUUUUGCCCUCCACACUUCCCUCUACUCUACCCACGAUGCCUAGCAUGUCCCUUCCCUCCGACCUCGUUCCACCCGUCGUCCCCAUGGCAACCUCAUCCCUGACACCCAAUCAGACACCGGCGCUCAUCCUGGACACUACGCCGAACCCCGCUGCUGUGACCGAGGCACCCGUAGAGACUCCAGUCAUUACAGCGACGAGCACACGCGAGACAACGGAGACGAGUGCACAUGUCCAGGUCACUGCAGAGUCGUCAUAACAACCAGGCUUUUUAAUCUGCAUCCUAAAACAGGCCUGUCUCUCUCUCUCUCUCGCCCUCCCUCCCCAUAUAUAUAUAUAUCUCUUCCCCUCUCUCUCUCUCUCUCUCUCUCUCUCUCUCUCUCUCUCUGAUCCUGUCUCAGAAAAUGUAUUUAUUCAGUCUAUAAAAGAUCCAGCAGGCAGAAACGAGGACACACUGAGAAGGACGAGGACGGACAGUAUGACGGGUGCAUGCGGUAAAAGAGCGGGGUUUUAAAAACAGACAAAUCCAGAGGGGCCUGCUGUUAAUAUUAUUAACGAUAAGAAAAUGGAGUUGUUUAUUCCACUAGAAUAAAUCAGUCGUUAGGCUUUAAGCGUUUUCACAGUAUUCUAUCUGCAGCGCUCCGCCCCCCCCGCCGUCACUGUUCGCAAACCUGAAUAUUACGCUCCGUCUAUAAGAACGAUCAAGGAUACAAAGCAUACACGUGUGCUUGUGAUCUUAGAACACGAUCUAAUAAUAAAACCUGGAUUUUAAGAGUUUCAGUCUGUAGAGCGAUGCUUUAGAAUACUAUUAACAUCAAACGAAUAGCUUAUAUCGCGUACUAGGAAUUACCCAAGAGGAUAAAAUCUUGAUUUUGUAAAUUGUAUAAUAAUUCCAGUGUAGACACAGAUAGAUAUCUAGAUCUAAAAUACAAAAACAUGGAGCCUCUCUGGAUUUUCUUUCUAUUCCAUCUCUCUCUCGGAGCUUCAGACCUUUUUUUUUUCUCUCUUUUCGGUUCUCCAACAGUAAGGUUACUGAAGUUAUGGUAUCACUAAAGCCGGUGUAUGUUGUUACCCAUCACAUGUAUGAAUUGUAUGUUUCCCUUGUUGUUGUGAUUUAGACUUUUUAUUUGAAUGGUGAAUUGGGUGGGGGAGAGUGUGUGAGUGUGUGUGAGGGAGAGUGAGAGAGAAAGUGUGUCCUCUCCCUCUCGGUGAGCUCUUUCUGCUGAUUAGAUUAACACACGCGUACAGAAACUCAUGCACACUAUAUAAACAGUGAGUACGGGGAAAUGAUUGAGCUUGUGUAGAACUGAAAACUUGUGACAAAAGCACACAAGCAAUAAAGUACCUGAGAUUUUACAGUAA